AUGAAGCAAUUCAACAAAGUACUAGAUGCUGCAUUGAUAGCAUUGGUGACUUAUCAUCUUGUUAUCGCACCGUAUACCAAGGUAGAAGAGUCUUUCAAUAUUCAGGCCAUCCACGAUAUUCUCAAUUAUGGUGCAUUUUCUACCGAAUCUAUUGAACAGUAUGAUCACAAACAAUUUCCGGGAGCUGUGCCGCGGACUUUCAUAGGCAGCUUGGUACUUGCUCUAUUGGCCAAGCCGGUGAUAUUUAUAUCUUCCCUAUUUGGUCAAGAUUUAUUGAAAGGGGAGCAGAAUCAGCUCCAGAGCGUUGUUCGUGGUAUCUUAGGUCUUGCAAACGCAUUGUCACUAAUUAGACUCAGAGAUCAAUUGAACAAGGUUACUUUUAGGGAUAGAAAAAGCAAAGUUAAAGGGUUGGCCGGGUUUUGGUACUCUGUUUUGUUGUUAUCGCAGUUUCACUUGAUUUAUUACUCGUCACGUACGUUACCGAAUUUCAUAGCUUUGCCAUUUGUAAACUUCGCAUUGAGCAAAUUGAUUGCGGGUGGUGUAUCGGGAUUGACAUGGUUGGCAAUGACUGGUACCAUAUUCAGGAUGGAAGUGGGGGUGUUUGCUGUGGUUAUAGCAUUAGUUUCUUCCUUGGGGUUUGGACAGUCAAACAUUGUUACAAAUUCGGUACUCCUAUUCGCCGGUGCAUUAUUUGGUGCCUUGGCUUCAUUGUUUAUUGACUCCUAUUUUUGGGGCACACCACUUGUUCCUGAAAUUAGUUCGUUUGUCUUUAAUAUUGUCAAUGGUCACUCGGCUGAAUGGGGUGUUGAACCAUGGGGAGCCUAUUUCAACAAAUAUCUUUUCAAAUUGUUUAGGCCACCGGUCAUUCUCAUCUUGUCUAUCGUUGGAUUCUUGAAUGACCCUGCUGAUGAUGGAGUUUCUAUGGCAGACACCAAAGCUGUUCGUCAUCCUGCAAGAAACUCGUUGCGUAUCUUGUACACAUCGUCAAUCAUCUUUAUUGCCAUUAUGUCCAUCCAGCCACAUAAAGAGUGGCGAUUCAUUAUUUAUACUGUACCAGUUUUCACGUUGCAAGCUGCCAAUGGGUUGAGCAAUAUCUCGAUAAAGUGGAGCCUUGGUUUUUCAAACAAGUUAUUGACUUUAAUUGUCGCCUUCUUGAUCUUGACUAGUACUUUGCUUUCUCUUCAUAUGGGGUACAUAUCUAGCUUCAACUAUCCCGGUGGAGAAGCCUUGAAGAUUGCUAAUGAAUACAUUUCUGAUAACUACAAUGGUCAUAAUGUAUCUGUUCAUAUUGACGUUCCAUCUUGUAUGACUGGGGUAACUCGUUUUGGUGAAUUACAUAGCAAAGAGAUCGAAUACGAUAAGUCAGAGUCCAGCAUUGACUACAACAAGUUUGAUCUAGUUAUCACCAAAGAUACAUUAAAAGAUUGGGAACUCAUCCACACAGCAAAGAUAUUCAAAAAUUUAGAUCUCACAACUGUGUUGAAGUUACUACAAGCACAAAAAGCUGAUCGUUCUACAUUGCUUGUGUUUUUGAAAAUUGUUGUUGACGACUUCAUCAACGGUUCGAACGAAACUUUGAGGAAUCUAUUACGAUCUACUAUUGCUUUGGGAGACUAUGUACAUGUGUACAAGAGGGUCGAGCCAAAUCAUCAAGAGCAGCGUGCUCAAGACCAUUCUUAA